CCCUGAGUAUGUAAACAUGUGCCCGGAGUAGAACCUAACCAUGAUCUCUACACUAGAAUUAAACCACUAUGUGAAAAUGUGUCUCCUUCAAUCCUUGAUAUUAAACACGUUUAUACUUUUAACCACAGCACAGGAGGUAGAAGAGGGGGAGAAUGCAACACUAUACCAUUACUAUCCACAUAAUCAGCACCUUUUCUCACUCCCAGCCUGUGCAUCCCAACAGGUUUGUAAUGCUGUGUACCUGAGAUUAAACUUUUCUACUCCCCUCUGCGCAUGCCCAGAGGAGGGUGACCCGUGCUCAGCUUCUACGCUAGAUGAUGACGGUCAUUCUCUCAGACUAGCUGCGGACAGAACUGGUGAGGUUCUGACGUUGGCAAAAACAUGCGAGCUAACAGAAGAAAUAAGAUAUUGCUCUAACAACAAAGAUUGGUCUAUCCUAGCUCUCCAGAAUAUCAGAACAGGGAAAGCACAUUAUCUUGUAAUCUGCCAGUGCCCUAAAGAUUCUUCAUUGGAAGGACCUAUUGCACAAACUGGAGCUCCCUACGCCCGGGUUCCUGGAAUACGAGUUUACGGAAUGCUCUGUUUAAAAAAACCAUUCCGCCGCCGUGGAAAGGUUAUGGCGGGAUUCUCAAGUCCGAACUCGUACUUGGAAGAUUUAGCCGAAAAAUCUGACGUGCCAACCUUUCCAGCAAUGUGGGAGAAUGCCGCGAAAAAACUCAGUGAGUCGUGAAGUUUUCUGGUCUAAAUAGCAGGCCUGAUAUAACGAGAAAACAGAGUCUCUGUAAACAAGAUUACAAAUCUGAAAGUAAAAGUAAAAGUUUGGACAAAUUGUUUUUGUUAACCCCUAUACGCUAGAGCUUUAAGGCUAGCCCAGAACAAAACGAGAAAUCUCGAUAACAUGACAUUUUUACAGUUUAGUUUAAUCAUUUUAAAAUAGAGUAUAGGAUCUAUACUCAAAGGAAUUGAGCCUUUGCCUCAAAUUCAGUUUUUGUAA